AUGGAGCAGCAGGCCGUGGCGCCCCCCAGCCUUUCUCCGGGGAGGAGUCCUCCAGCGGAAUCCAAAAACCCUUCCAGGAUACUUUGGAUCACCCUCUCUGUCACAUUGAUUUGCGGAAUCAUCUGCACUGCCGUAGCAGGGGCUCUCAGCUUCACCCAAAGCCCUUCCAAGCCUCUCUUGCAGGUUGUCCGGCUGAACUUCCAAAACCGGCCAGGGUCCCCCAUGAACCAGUCGGCCUUUGUGGACAAGUCCAAGAAUACCGUGACCUACUACGUCACUUCGCCAAGUAACCAAACGACAGCAGUCUUGUUUGACAGCGAGAACAGCUACGUCUGUUACCGCCCUGCAGAGCAGAACAGUUGUUACCUCAGGAUGAUGGACUCCCGGGACCGGGACACAGUGCAGACGUCCUUCAACCUCUCGGAGCACAGGGUGGAUCAGCUGCCGCUUCCCAACGACAAGACCACGUACUACCGCGAGUUCUUGGGGAUCGUGCCGGGGAGACCGGUGCGGCCAGAGGAAGUCGGGGAGGCCAUCCAGGCCCUGUGUGAGCAGCUGCCCAUCUACUGGGUCAAGAAGAAAGAUGGUCCUGCUAAGCAGCGGCUCAUCUACCUCUGCAUUGACAUCUGCUUCCCCAGCAACAUCUGCGUCUCCAUCUGCUUCUACUACCUUCCUGAGUGAACGGCCUGGGGCCUGGACCUCCGCCCUUUUUCUUGUACUUG